GGACUGCGAGUUUGUGCUGUACUAGACAGAGGCGUCUGACCGGGUGCAUCUCUCGCAAAUCCGUCGCCAUCCUCGGAAAGGGACUAAGUGAUGACCUCCAAAAUACCAAGAUCAUAAUAUAGACAUUAUUACGUUUCACCCGAGACCAAUAUUACGGAGAUUUCGCGAUCCGUUCCGUAGAAAAGCAAUGGUGAAAGUUGCUCUGUUCAGGAAGGAACCGAUUUCUCUUUUGGGAGUCGGGGGGUCGGGGGGUGUGUAGGUCUACCAACCAGUUAGUUAGACAGCCGAGUAGGGUAACAUUCAAGGUGACAAACGACCUUUGAUAUUUUAUUGUAUUUCUUAAUACAAGGGCCUUACGGUACACAGUGCUAAUACGGCAGAAUGGAGUUGAGGGUCGGGAACAGAUACAGGCUGGGCAGGAAAAUUGGAAGCGGAUCUUUUGGAGACAUCUACUUGGGCACUGACAUCUCAGUGGGAGAGGAAGUGGCCAUCAAACUGGAGUGUGUUAAGACCAAACACCCCCAACUGCACAUCGAGAGCAAGAUCUACAAGAUGAUGCAGGGAGGAGUGGGCAUCCCCACUAUAAAGUGGUGUGGGGCGGAGGGCGACUAUAACGUCAUGGUGAUGGAGCUGCUGGGGCCCAGCCUGGAGGAUCUCUUCAACUUCUGCUCCCGCAAGUUCAGCCUCAAGACCGUCCUGCUGCUCGCUGACCAGAUGAUCAGUCGUAUCGAGUACAUCCACUCCAAGAACUUCAUCCACCGGGACGUGAAGCCGGACAACUUCCUGAUGGGCCUGGGCAAGAAGGGCAACCUGGUCUACAUCAUCGACUUCGGCCUCGCCAAGAAGUACCGCGACGCCCGCUCCCACCAGCACAUCCCGUACCGCGAGAACAAGAACCUCACCGGAACCGCCCGCUACGCCUCCAUCAACACACACCUGGGCAUCGAGCAGUCCCGCCGUGAUGACCUGGAGUCGCUGGGCUAUGUGCUGAUGUACUUUAAUCUGGGCUCGUUGCCAUGGCAAGGACUCAAGGCCGCCACCAAGAGGCAGAAAUACGAACGCAUCAGUGAGAAGAAGAUGAGCACGCCCAUAGAAGUGCUGUGUAAAGGCUACCCAUCGGAGUUUGCCACCUACCUGAACUUCUGUCGCUCGCUGCGUUUCGAUGACAAACCCGACUACUCGUACCUCCGCCAACUCUUCAGGAACCUCUUCCACAGACAAGGCUUCUCCUACGACUACGUCUUCGACUGGAACAUGCUCAAAUUCGGUGCUAACCGGGCGGCAGAGGAUCCUGAGCGUGAGCGGCGUGAGCGUGAGGAUCGUCUGCGUCACACACGCGCCCCCGGGACCAGAGGACACACACACACACCGCUCACACCCUCCGCAUCCGCCAGACCACGCCCACAUCAGGACACGGCCACGCCCACACCGCUAACGCCCACCUCACACACCGCGAACACGUCGUCUCCGCGGCCGGUUGCCGGGGCGGAGCGGGAGCGGAAGGUGAGCAUGCGGCUCCACCGCGGGGCGCCCGUCAACGUGUCGUCGUCUGACCUCACCGGUCGCCAGGAUACCUCCCGCAUGUCCACCUCUCAGAAUAGCAUUCCCUUCGAUCAUCAUGCCAAGUAGCAGAGCAUCACGUCCUCGUCUGAAGAAUCCAGUCUGACUCCUCGUGACGUCUCUGUGGAGGAGCUGAAGACCCACCGGAACUAGAACCAACACCCGGAACCCAGACCAGGGCCUGGUUCCAACAACAACAACGACAACAACGACAACAACAACAACAACAGGACCAGCGCAACCCCAGACCAACAACAACAACAACAACAACGAGACCACUGCAACUCAGUCCAGUCCAACCCAAGACUCUGCCCCCACCUAGCACAAACAUGGACCAGAACAUCUCCCUCUCUCUCUCUCUCUCUCUCUCUCUCUCUCUCUCUCUCUCUUCUCUCUCUCUCUCUCUCUCUCUCUCUCUCUCUCUCUCUCUCUCUCUCUCUCUCUCUCUCUCUCUCUCUGGUCUCCAUGGGAACAUCAGUGGAAAGGAGUGACUAUCAGCCCGGAAUGCAAACGUGCUCCUGUUGUGUGAAUCCCUCCUCCUCUUCCUCCUCCUCUUCCUCCUCCUCUUCCUCCUGCUCUUCCUCCUGCUCUUCCUCCUCCUCUUCCUCAUUCUGCUGCACGCCUGACCCAUGGGAUUGGACCACACACACACACACACACACACACACACACACACACACACACACACACACACUCACUCGUGUCCCUGUACGGAUUAUUAUGGCUUUUCUCUCUGGACCUUUGGCUGUGGAAUCCCAGCGUGAUCGACCUGCCGUCUGCACAGUUUUAUUUUUUAUUUUCCCUGUUAUGUAUUUAUUUACCCCCCCCCCCCCCCCCCCCCUGCAUGCUGGGGGCGUGUCCUACACUGUGGACAGGAUGUGCCCAUAUAUGGCCCAGACUGAUGCACCAAUCAAGGCCCAGUGGCUCUGAGACCAGUGUCCCCACACAGGCUCUGCAGGGUCCCAGUUUCCAGCCUACACAAGGGCUCUGAGGGAAACCGUGGAGCCCGCCGCCAUCUUGGCUCUGAGGGAAACCGUGGAGCCCUCCGCCAUCUUGGCUCUGAGGGAAACCGUGGAGCCCGCCGCCAUCUUGGCUCUGAGGGAAACCGUGGAGCCCUCCGCCAUCUUGGCUCUGAGGGAAACCGUGGAGCCCGCCGCCAUCUUGGCUCUGAGGGAAACCGUGGAGCCCGCCGCCAUCUUGGCUCUGCUCACCUGCCAUGCAGCCCUGCCUGCCUGUCCCCUGCACAGUGUGUGUGUGUGUGUGUGUGUGUGUGUGAGAUUGAAGUGGUGGACAUCAUGUGUGUGUGACUGAAGUGCUGGAUAUCGUGUGUGUGUGACUGAAGUGGUGGAUAUCGUGUGUGUGUGUGUGAAUAAAGUGGUGGACAUCAUGGUCAGACGAUGACAUCCGCUGCGUUCUAAGCCUGCGCUCGUCCAGAUGCACCAUUCUAGAGUGCUGACAUCACUAGUCCAGAACCGGCUCUGACGCUGGUAGGUGUCCAGGUGUGUGUGUGUGUGUGUGUGUGUGUGUGUGUCCACGGAUGUUCCGGUGCUGAGGUGACCAGGCAGGCACUAGGACCCUGGGGUUUACACCCCUCCUCCCAAGCCGCUCACAGACUCCAGAACUCUUUUACCCCCCUGGGGGGCAACCGGAGGGCUGUAAUGAACUCUUCCCUCCCCUGCCCACACACACACACACACACACACACACACACACACACCCUGCUCCAAGUGAGUGCUCGCACACUAUGGGGCCUCUACAAGUUUGUAUCACCGCCGUAAUUGUGUACUUUGCAAACUGUAAAUAAAUGAUCUACUUGUA